CCCGCCUGUCUCCCCCCAACCCCAGGUUAAUUGUGGCUUUCGGUUUUUAUUUAAAAAGUAGGGAAAGAUGCAGAGCUCAACAGCAGCGACAGAGAAGGUUCAGCUGCCGUCUGCGUCGUGUGUCAGGGGGAAGCAAAACUCCUCCGGAUCCCGUGGCUAUUGGGCAUUUGGCAAUUCAGCAUCCCAACUGAGUCACUGGUUGUGAAGGCAGCAAAUUUCAUUUCCUUCCCUUUAUUUGAGAGCUGCGGGAGCACGAGACAGAAGCGAGCAGAGGCUCCCAGGGCGAGAGGCAGAAAAGGUGCAGCGGAUCGAGCCCCGUUCGGGAAGAUGGGACCGGCUGCGAUGUCUUCAAUUUGGCUCAUCGGAUGCUUCUUCCUGGCAGCUUACAGCUCUGCUCAAUAUAUGGAUACGUCCCAAGCGGCCAUGAAAGAGACGGGAUUUCUGGAGUCUCCGCUGUGCUCUGGCGCCGAUGGCUCCGACCCAGACUGCCCGCACCGCAAGAAGUCAGUUACGCUGCUGCCCUCAUUCACCAAGACCACGGCACACCCCACAAAACACACCACGGCCCACCCCACAAAACACACCCCACCGCACCCCACAAAACACACCACGGCCCACCCCACAAAACACACCAUGGCCCACCCCACAAAGCACACCACACCGCACCCCACAAAACACACCACGGCCCACCCCACAAAACACACCACGGCCCACCACACAAAACACACCACACCGCACCCCACAAAACACACCACGGCCCACCACACAAAACACACCACGGCCCACCACACAAAACACACCACACCGCACCCCACAAAACACACCACGGCCCACCACACAAAACACACCCCACCGCACCCCACAAAACACACCACGCCGCACCCCAGGAACCGCACCACCCCACACCCCGCCCCCACCCACCAACCCACGCAACCACCCGUCGUCCGCGUCGGAGAUUAUGCGGUCCCAAAGGGCUCGGACCCGUGUUUGCGGGUUCAAGCGGCGCUGCAGCUCCGAGUCCGCUAUACCGACAAGGCCAAGCAGGAGCUCUGGGGGGACUUUGCAGUGAACCCCAACCGCACAGAGUUUUCCGGGAACUGCACCAACCAGACAGCCGUCCUCCACCUGCACUUCCUAGAGGGCGAUCUUCUCUUUACUUUCAGAAAGAAUUACACCAGAAAUAUAUUCUACCUGAGUCGGGUACAGGCCUACCUAACGUAUCAGUUCCGUCAGGCUACAGCGAAAUCCUUCAGAGCAGACAAUUCCUCUCUCCGCGAGUUCGAGGCCAGACUCGGACACUCUUACCAGUGCCGGAACCGCACCUUGGUCCUGGCAGAAGGCUUUCGUCUCAACGCCCUGCAAGAGCGGGUCCAGGCCUUUGACCUUCAAGAUGGAAAAUUUGGGGAAGCCGAGGUCUGCCCGGAGCAGAGACGUACCCUCCUGGUGCCCAUAAUUAUCGGCGUCCUCCUUCUGGUCCUCAUCCUCAUCGUGAUCGUGGCCUUUUUGAUUGGGCGAGCCCGUGGCCACAGGGGCUAUCAAACCAUUUAAAGGGGAAGCCGUUUCCCGCACACAGCUGGGCCUAAAGAGAACCAAGAAUGGGGUUUUGUUUUUUUUUAAGGGGGGGGGUGUCUUUCUGCAACAGGGGGACAGGGGGUUGGCACCCCCCCAGGGGUGGGGUGGGAGUUCUCCGAGUUGCUAGACUAGCACCUGUUUUAUUCACUCGCUUGGACUGCUGGUUCGCACAAGACACACCUGGGGGAAGUGAAAAGGACAAUACGUUUCUGCACAAAGGUGCAAUUUGUGGGCCGGGGGGCAGUUACAUCUCACUUCUGUCAGACUGCGCUUUAAACCUGGGAGGAGAAUCACAGAAUUGUACUGCUGGGAUCCCCAAGAGUCAUCUAGUCCAAACCCCUCCCGGAACGCAGCUAUGGAACCCCUUGACAGGCGGCCGUCCGACCUCUGCUUAAAAACCUCCAAUCUCAA